AAAUUGGCAGCAGUCUCUGACCGUCGUUGUGUGGUCAGCACCUUGUUCACAAUGUACCUCUUUACAGUUCUCAUACUUUUUGUUAUCUUUGUCAUUUACAAAGUAGUUUUGUCUAAGCAAAAGACAAAGCAAUACCAUGCCGAAGCAGCCCGGCGAGGCUGUCUCCCCGCACCUACUUUGCACAGUAAUAAUCUUCUGGGAACAUCACGUUUGAAGGAGUCAAUCAAAGCAACCAAGGAAGACAGGGGCCCUCAAUAUGUUAUUUCCGCCAUGAAUGAGGUCGGGAGUAACAUUCACACUGUUCGGGUUCCUAUUUUGGACUAUGAGCUACUCGUAACUCGCGAUCCGGAGAAUGUCAAGGCUAUGCUCUCUGCACAGUCUUCUGAUUACGAUAUUAGCGCUACCCGUGCCAAUGCGUUCAUGCCAUUGCUGGGUGAAGGUAUUUUCACAUCAGUUGGACAGCAAUGGAAACACUCCCGCGCCCUCGUCCGCCCACAGUUCUCAAAAGAUGAAAUCUCGAACCUGGAUCUUAUAGACCGUCAUAUCCAAACGUUUCUCGGGGUACUUCAAACACAGGAGACGGGCUGGACUUCAACCAUUGAUCUUCAACCCCUAUUCUUCUAUUUCAGCUUGGAUGUAGCUACGGAAUUUCUUUACGGUCAGUCCGUGAAUUCCCAAGCUGCAAUUGCAGGUUUAGCGAAUGCCAACAACCGAAUCGACGGCGCUGCUUUUGCCCGCCAUCUCGACGAAGCCAAACACCUUGUUGACAAGCGUGGUGCGCUUGGAAAAUUCUACUGGCUUAUGCCUAUGAAGACAAUGAAUGCACACUGCGCCGAAGUGCACAAAGUGAUAGACUUCCUCGUCCAAGACCGUCUUACAUCCAAAAGGACGCCGUCACUAGAAGGGGAAGGAACCCGGAAGUUCGUCUUCUUAGAUGAGCUUGUAAAGGAGACGCAAAACAUAACCGAACUGAGAAAUGAAACCCUGCACACUCUGCUCGCAGGACGGGAUCCUGCAGCUGCGCUCAUGGGCUGGACAUUCUACUUACUAUCCCGACACCCUGCUACGUUCUCCAAGCUCCGGUCUAUCAUUGUGGCGGAAUUCGGGUCCUCGACGAGCAGUUCUGGUAUCACUUUCGAGAAGCUUCGUUCCUGCACGUUUAUACAACAUGUCUUGAACGAGGUGAUCCGCAUUGUGGCCAUCAUCCCCAUGAACGAGCGGAUUGCAUUACGUGAUACGACCUUGCCCCGCGGUGGAGGAGAGGAUGGUACGAGUUCGAUUUUUGUAAGGAAGGGGAUUCAGGUGCUGAUACCAGCUUAUGCGAUGCAACAUCGUCCGGAUAUCUGGGGAGAUGACGUUGAAGAGUUUAGGCCGGAGAGGUGGGAAGGACACAAAGUAGGGUGGGAGUGGAUCCCAUUUGGUGGUGGGCCAAGGAAAUGUCUGGGCCAACAAUUUGGAUUCACUGAAGCUAGCUUGCUGGUUGUGAGGUUCUUACAGCGUUUUGAUGGGGUUGAGAACAUGGAAGGGCCGGGGAGAAUCAAGUUGCAUACCGCGAUUGAGAAUCGUAGCGGUACAGGAGUAAAGGUUAGACUUCAUAGUGCUAGCUUGUAA